AUGGCCAUCUACCGCCUCAACGUUCUCGGCGCAAACCGCAGGCAAGCAACCCAACACCGUUUACAUUCCAACCAAAUCCCGCCAAUUCAGAAUGUAAUGGACAACAACACAUUCACAUAUGCUAGCUGUCAUGAUGAUGAAGAACAUGGAGAACAGCACACCGAAGAUGGUCUUGGUGGUGAUCAUGAUGAAAAUCUUCCUGGGUGGGUCGGCUUGUCUGAAGAGGAACCCGAUGAGAUUGAUCUUCUUAUUGCCGCAGAUAAGGAGAAGCAUCGGCAACAAGCGCGUGACUUCAAUUGGGACGUACUUCUCAACAACCUUGUUGCUGAAUACCUGAGGUUGAGAAUCCUCACCAAGAACUGGGCCUCAACCAACUCUUACGACAACUUCUCUCAGUGCCCAUCAAGUUGUGUCAAGAAAUAUAAUUGA